UUGGCACCCGACAAGUGUAGGAGGCAAUGCAAACAUUUUUGUACAUUGUCACGAAAUAAAAUAUUGUUGUGUUAAAAUUUUGUUAGAAAAUAAAAAUCCGAUAUGAGUGCCGAUUGGGAAGAGAUUAAACGUUUGGCCGCAGAUUUCCAGAAGGCGCAAUUGACAUCGACUCUGCAACGCCUUAGCGAACGUAAUUGCAUUGAACUCGUUACAUUGUUGCUGGAAAAAAAUUUGCUUGAAGCUUUCUUCACCAACGAUGGCAAGGAAUAUAUUACACCAGAUCAAUUGGAACGUGAAAUACAGGAUGAACUGUAUGUGAACGGCGGACGUAUUAAUUUGGUGGAAGUCAGCAAGGCACUCAAUGUGGAUUUAUCGCGAAUCGAGACAAUAGCUGCGCGGAUUGCAGAAACUGAUCCAGAGAUACACUUCAUGUUGGGUCAGCUGAUUAGUGAGCAGUACAUCACACAAAUCGCAGAAGAGAUCAACGAGCGUCUAUCGCAAAAGGGUGAAAUAACAGUAUCUGACCUGGCACAACAAUUUGACUUGCCCUCUGAUUUUCUGCAACAUGAUGUUAUGGAGAAGCAUUUGGGCAAGAUCAUACGCGGUCGACAGGAUGCUUCCAACCCGCGCGUAUUUUUCACUCAAGCGUAUACACAGCGUUGCAAGGCUAAAAUUCGUGGCGCUCUAAAAGCGAUAACGCGUCCAACUAAUGUUGCAACCAUACUGCAGCAAAUUAAUGUGCAAGAAAAAAUAUUUCAUUCUUUGUUUGACGAGAUUGCUCCUGCCGGUCAUGUGUCUUCCAAGCAGCAAAAUGCACAAUACAUUCCUCUCAUCUACACAAAGAUGCAAGCCGACUGGGUGAAUUCGUUUUAUAAACAAAAUGGCUUUUUGGAAUAUGAGGGUGUUAGCAAAUUAGGUGUUUCGGAUCCGAAACAAUUUAUACGCAAGCAGUUUCCCAAUGAAGAAAUCAUCUACCUGAAGCGGUGUGCCAUCGGCUCGAAAAUAAUUGAUCUCACCGUUCUCAGCUCUUUAAAUGAAUGCAGCGCAACAAAAAGUUAUGUGGACCUGGCUACUAUACUGCCUUCUAAUAUGUCAGAAGAAGACAUGGAAGAAGUGUUUGACACGAUAAUGUCACGAAAAGGUUCAACACCUGGUAACUUUGUCUUCCUCCAAGGCAUUGUAUUUUCACAGCAAUAUCUAAAUAAUCUCAUUCAGCCCUGUCACGAAAUGGCAAAUGCAAAUGCAAAAACUGCCGUUGAGAGUGGGGUAUACCAGCAAUACUUAGCCGAGAAACAGCUUUCAGGUAAAUCGAGUGCUGCUCACGACUUUGACGAUGAUUCUAAGGCGGACAAGCGGGAAGAGCGCCGCAAGAAAGCUGCCAUUGGAAAGGCUGGUGGAGGCAGCCAAGGGCGCGAAACUAAAACCAAAUCGACGAAAAAGCAUCAGCGAAGUGGGCGUGGAGGCGGUUAUACCGUCGAUAGCGAUGAAGAGCAAGAAGGGCGUGCCGGCACAGGCAAAAAAGCUAACAAGUCCCUAGAGAUGGUAAAAAUUGAGGAAAUUGUUAAGAUAAUCAAUAAGGCUUUGGAAGAGGAAGGAUUGGAAUACCUGUCCGAUACUAUUGCAGGAUCGUAUUAUAGUCAAUUAAAUCAGGUGGCACUUGCGAAAGCGCAAGAAUUGUUCGAGGCAACACCGCAAACCAAUCGACGUCAGACGCAUGCUGCCGUACAGGAGCGCAUCAAUACGUUACUCGUUGAUGUGCGUUUAUACGAAAAGGGGUUAAAGCUAUUGCCCGCCGAUUCGCAAGCUCAAUUGUGCAAAUAUCUACUCAAAGCACUUGGUAAUGACAUUUGCAAUGAAUUGACCAGUUACAUUGCCAGUGAAUCCAAUUUAACUACGAAAACGACCAACCUUAAUGUUGAUCAACGCACUAAGAUCGCACAGGAGUGUGAUCCUGAAUAUAAAAUUGUCUUGUUGGAGCUCAAUAAAGCGGUCAAUAAAACAAUAGAGGAAUUCGUUGCAGCCAUCGAAGGUGUUUUGAAAGCAUGCAGCAUGAUCAUCAAGAAAGUGGAUAAGAAGAAAGAUCGUCAACUCAUUGUCCAACACAAAGAAAAACUAAUGCAGCAGCUACAAGAGACCACAGAGCCCGCUUUGGUGCUACAUUUAGUUUCUUUAAUACUUUUUACAACGGUGACUGGUUGUAUACUGCAUGCUUCCGGUAAAUUUGUAGCACAAAUACUCGCCUUCAUACGCCCCAGUCUGAGUAACGAACAAAAUGAACAACUUAUGCAAUAUCAUGAUUUUGUGUUGAAAUUGUUGCAAGCUAAAGAAGAUAGCGAAGAGGCAAAAAUUUUAAACGAACAAUUGCAAAAUCUGCAAAGUGCCAUAAAGGAGCUGGCGGCGUCUUAUGAAAAGCCGGGCACUUCAAAAACUGAAUAGAUUGAUUUAAUGUAAAACAAGAGUAGCUCGUCAGUGAUAUGCCUUUUACCUAAAGCGAAACACAUUUACAUCCAAUGCUUGAAGUUUACUUUUUUAAUUUUGCAAUAAACUUAUUUACAGAUUUAUAGCGUAUAAUGACUAA